UUCUUACCUUGGGUACAUGUAUAAGGCACGGCACCCACGUUUACUUUAUAACAUUGCCGCUCUUGGAGCUUGUACACUCCGUGACUCAGUACAUGUAGUUGGUUAGGCAAUGCGGUGAUACCCAGCCACCACGAACAAGGAGCAGCCAUCAUGUCCUUCGUCCUCGACCAGGUCCGCCGGAUCGAUGCGCAUUUCGAUCGCUUACAACUCGCCAAUCUAGACUCAGCAACACGUGUGAGUGAUAGUCUACCAGCGAUCCAGUCGACCGACGAUGACUUUUCACCAUCACAACCGUCUCGAGAUGUCCCAGCGAGUUUACCGAGCAAGCGAGUUGCAGCUCUGCAAACGGCAAUUCGAGGUCUCUCACCUGGCAGCGCGGACAGUACAAGUCGUGCUCUGCUCAAGCCAUCCCAGAUCCAAGCACUGCUUUCUGCUUUGAGUCCCCAGCCGCAAACACAGGCAGCGAUAUCCCUGGGAGAAGGAGGUGCUGCCAUAGAUGGACAGGAGAAAGAAUUCUUUGAGCAGGAGCUCGAAUGGCUGCUUGUUUCAAAGGCUUCGACGCAAGUAUACGGACACGUUCUCAGUUCUAUACUCGACGAGGCAGUUCGACUGAGUGAUGAUGUAUGGUACUGGGACGAAGUGCUCGGUAGUCAGAGAUACACAGCCUUGUACAGCAUACAAGUUUCACCACUGCGAUUGUGGGCGUUCGGUAGCGCUGUUUGGGCUGACGCGAAAGAAAGAGCAGAACAGAAAGGUUUUGGAAUUGCAGGUGCGGGAAAGGACGUGAAGGACUCUGCGACGGAACAGUGGAAGCAAUUCUAUGGACUUGUGAGGCAGGUAGUCCAGGAAAAAAGCGUCAAAGAGGUGCAUAAACAGAUUCUGUCGCCUGUCACUAGGAUCAGGUCAGAAGUGAGGGCAAAACAGAGUGCGUUGAAGAAGGUCAGACUGAGAAAUGCGAAUGCUUUGGGAAUCUUGCUGGGAGAAGGGCUGGCAAAUGAGAGUGGUCACGCAGAUGGGGCAGCGAGCCCUGCUAAGCAGGACGUACACCACAAAACCAAGGCAUCGGUUUCGAGGAACGUUGCGUUGAUGGAAGCUGUACUUGCCAAAGUCAACGAUCUGGAGACACCCAUUGCCAAGUUCUUCGACGCCAUUGCGGCUCUCACGAAUGACGAUCCUCUGUACACUGCCGACUCCGACGACGUAGUAGCACCACAGGCUGUUGCUGAGAGGCUGUCCAGAGUGCUUACGCUUGGUAUGGGAGAGUACGCGGAAUCAAUAAACGCACUCAAGCAGCAGCAUGGCAAGCCGUCUCGUCUGGUUCGCUAUUGGUUACCCAUCACGGCCAGCAUUCUAUCCUCGACUACAGUCCUUCGCAUACUGGUCAACCGGCAAGCGGAGAUACUGCAGUGGAUCCAAAAUCUCGGGGCGACUGUUGUUGAUUUCUGGCAGAAUUGGGUUGUCGAGCCGACUCGGAAUGUAAUUCGCACGAUACGACAUGACGAAGGCAGCGAGAUCAGCAUCGUGUCUAAACGCUCCCUCGAAGGCGACCGCGAUAGUCUCGAACGUAUGGUCGUCGACUUCGCCAUUGACGUACCCGCUACAGCAACUGAGACCGGUGCACCACUAACAGAAGCUGAAAUCUCCAGCAUUCGAGCCAAAGUCCGUGAGGGAGACUUGACGCCUGUCCUCAAAGCUUACGAGAAAGACCUCUCCAGCCCGCUCAGAGGAGCUAUCACGGGAAACUUGAUCCGAGCACUACUGAUCCAGGUUCAAAAAACCAAAGUCGACGUUGAAAUCGCCAUGGGCGGCAUUGAUUCUCUUCUCAAGUCACAAGAGCUUCUGAUUGGAUUCAUCUCCCUCACUCCAGGUCUGCUCGUAGCGUACGCUGUCUCUCGUUGGGUUCGAACGUCUUUCACAGAGAAGCGAGGCACGAAGGCUGAGAGGAAGCAUGGAGUGAUGCUCAGGCAACUAAGAAAUAUUGACAGGAUUCUGACGUCUGCGAGUCCUACGUACGAGGGAGAGUUGCCAUAUAAGGAUCAAGGGCUGUUGUUGUGUGAGAUUCAUGUGCUCCGUCAAGCUGCCGUGAAAGUCAUGCCGUGGCAGAUCUAUAGAGAGUUUUCUGAGGAGGCGGAGGAGCUUUGCGAUGUGAGGAAGGGAGUGCAGAGGCAAAAGGCUGUUUUAGGGAGGGUCAGGUGGGCUUAUAUGAGGUGGUUGAAGUAAUGAUAGAAGAGGCGUGGUGACGAGGCUCGGGCCAUGAAUGCUUCCACUUGAGAAGCAUGUGCGGCGCCGAAGUACCACGGAAGUACUUGUACUCCUCAGCUUCCGAGAUCUUGGCUGCGGUCAUUUGUGAGGAAUACAUUGUGACUGUCUUGCGGUGAUGCCGGUACAGUACGCCGAGAUCAGCUUGGUUCAGUUGGCAGGCAACAGAAUGCCGACUUCAGCCUCGCUUGUGGUCGCUGCGAAGGACAGCUACGUAGAAUCAUAGUGCCGCCGAAACUGCU